AUGACGCCGCCCACCCCCGGGCUCCCCCAUCCAGUCUUCGCGUGGCUGGACGACCGAUGGAGCCGCCUCAUUCGCGAGGCCGUGCACCAGUUCUGGCUCGCCGGCCAGUGGACGCGAGCGGCCUCCGACGCCGCUACCCGGGCCCGGGGCACCCCGGGCGAGACCGCCGCCAUGGCGGAGUACGGCCGGGCCCUCGAGCAUGAGGGCAUGUGCCGGGAGGCCGUCCAGCUGCUCAUCCUCCCAGUCGAGCCUCAAUAUACUUAUCCUAUCGUUACGCCGCCGUCCCUGGUAAGUUCUUCCCCCUCUGCACAUGUCCUCAUCCGCCCCUCUGGAGUGAUGACCAGAGGGGGCCUGCCACCUCAAGUUUUGCUGCCGAACUCCAUCCAUGCUCUCGAAUUGAUCGAUCCCGCCGCCGCCGAGCGAGACGCCAACAUCGCCGCCCUGUUGUCCUACCACCGGGCUCAAGAACGGCCCAGCAGUGAGAUGAUAGUUGCUCUUCGGGACCCUGCGAGCCUUUUACCCGACAGCAGCAAUGGCGCUGCCAGUAUGGCCAGGCAGAGCCUGGAGCGGAGCACCAGUGUCAUCAACCGUCAGGGCACUGCAACGAGCAUUCGUUUCGCUGGGCCUGCCUCUCGACCACGAAGAAACUUGGCCCUGAGGGCAAGCGAAGGCCGAGAUUCUCCUACGAAAGCGACCUCACGGAUCAAUGUGUUUGGCACAAGCACCAGGCCAUCGUCGACCAUGUCUUUUCACGCAGACCGGCCCGCCCACUACUCCCUUACACGACGUUAUCUCGAGUCUCCGCAGUCACACGACGCAUGCUACAGCCCCGAAGAAGAUGCCUCUUCGAUGCCCUUUUCCUUCAGAGAACUCCGAAAGACGCGAUCGAUGCUUACGUCUUCCCGGGCAACAACAGCGAACGCUUCCAGCUACUCCAUGCCUGCAAAGGACCACCUGCCGCCCACUCACUCGCUCUACAAGGCCCCAAACAAUGAGAACGAACCUCCGAAAAACGCGACAUCCGAUGCAACGGGACUCAGAGCCUCGGCGUCCAUGAGCUUUCUGAAGAGCCACCAGGGUAUGGCAGCCUCAAGACCAAACAGCCGCGCCGAGAACGAUGUUGUCGUGCGACUUGCGAGGGAAAUGUAUCGCGAGCAGAUGGAGGAGCAGGAAAGGCUUCAGGCUCAGCCAUCCGCUUCGGUUCCAUCGAGAAACAGACGCAGCGAAGGAUCUACUGGGCUCCGAAAGUCUCUUCGAAAUAGCAGCAACAGCAGCACCGUGCUGUCCUCUGCAUUCUCCGCCAACGGCACUUCCGUAUCCACGCAAUCUGGGCUUCGAAAGGCAACCCGAAAGGUUUCAAACAGCUUACGAUCGAAGUUGAAGGGGCUAUUCGCCAGAGGGGAGAGUGCUGCUGGACCAGAGAAGCACGAAAGGGGCCAGGGCACUGAUGGUAACGAUUCGGACGGAGACACCUGCCUUCACGCCAGCAACGAUGAGGGAACCGGGGAAGCCUCCAUGUUUCGUAUCUCUUCGCAUAUCCCUUCGCUGCAUGAUAUACCCUCGAAUCAGCAGCUCAGAUCCAGAAAAGGGAGCGUUGAGAGCAUCGAAAGCGGCGAGCAACAUGUUUCCGACGACAGGUCUCGUGUCACUAGCUGGACAAACUCAGUUACAAGCACGGUCUCCAGCAUGGGGAUGCUUGGCGAGUGGGAGCGGCAACGCCUAUCUGUCAUCAAGGAGAAUGGUGCACACAUCUCUUCUUCCUCUCUGGGCUCAACCGGACUCGAAGGGCAUGGGGCUGGAAGCCAAGAAACCUGGUCUGGUGCCGAAAUCGACAGCGAACGCGUAUAUUCAGCCCUCAUGAAGAGGCUUGGAGAAACCAGCACAGGAUCAGAUCAGGAUACACAGUUGGGUGACGCUGAAAGUGUGUACUCAUGUGCGACGGAGGAUGCGAGACCAAGCAUUACCAGACAAGGAACUUCAGGCCCUGUCGAGGGAGCUGCAACACGCAUAGUCGGCGGACUUCCCUCUUGCCGACUGGUCCCACACCAGCGCGAUGCAUCCACAGCAAGCUCAGUCGAAUGGAAGACAUGGCUUAGUUCCAAGGCCUCGAAGCUUGAAGGUCCCUCGACACCUACAAAAGCCGAUACUUACGGGCAGAACACUGGUGUUCUUCCCCCGUUGGGUCAUGUCAGAGAGGGAGCUGAAGUUGGAUCCCCACCCGAGAUUCUACUCCCAAAGGACGAUGGACUUGAUAACUCACCAGCUGCAUUCUUGUAA